AUGUGGCGUGUGAGGGCGUUGCAGUCAGGUGAACAACCUUCAGAUCGUCUCAGCUGUCCAGAAGAAGAGCAGCUCGUUACACGGCUGCGCACACAGGUGGAGGAGCUGGAGGAGAAGCUGUUGGAUCAGACUCAGGAGGUGGAGAGACUUCGCUCGGAACUGGGGGCGACAGACCUGGAGAAGCAGCUGGAGCUGCUGGUGGUGGAGAACCAGCGUCUGAAGCAGGAGCUCAAGUCCUGCAGGAGCUCUGACGCUGCUGCAGACAGCUGCAGCCGCUGCCCUCAUAGCCAGGAUGCGGAGUCCCUGCGGAGGGAGGUGUCCCGCUGGGAGAGCCAGGCCCGGCAGAGGGAGCGCCGGCUGGCCGAGCUGGAGCGCGAGCUGCUGGAGAAGAGCUCGCGGGCCGAGGGCCUCCGACGGCAGCUGGACGAGGCCACGCGGCAGCUGGACGAGUCGCGGCGCCGCCACGGCGAGGCCGAGCAGAGACUGUCCCUCCGGCUGCAGCAGUGUGAGGACGAGCUCGCCAGGCAGGCCGCAGCCCCCGCUAGAGUCAAGUACGUGAGCCAGCCCGCGGAGGUGGACUCGGCCGAGUCCCAGCGAGCGCUGGCCGAGCUGCAGGCCAAGAACGGAGGGCUGCAGGAGCAGCUGUCCCUGCAGAGACAGCUGCUCCGAGAGCUGGAGACACAGCUGCACGAGUCCCAGAGGACCUGCGCUCAGCUCAGGACACAGCUGCUCUCCGAUCGGGGACGUCUGUGCGUCCUUCUCUCCAACGCCGUCGGCAACGGCAACAGCGAGGUGGUUCGCAGGUUGUCCAAGAUCCUGGUGUACGAGGGCGAGAGGCGCGCUCAGGGUCAGCUGGAGGUGGAGAUGCAGAACCUGGAGGAGGAGAAGAACCGAGUGAUCAAGGAGGCGUUCAUCAGAGCCGAGAGCGAGAUGAAGGCCGUCCACGAGAACCUGGCCGGAGUGCGUAUGAACCUGCUGAGUCUGCAGCCGGCCCUGCGGACUCUAACCUGCGACUACAACAGUCUGAAGAGGCAGGUGCAGGACUUCCCCUUCAUGCUGGACAAAGCCAUCACAGAGGCCAAGCAGGAAAUCUGCCAGGUGAUCAGCGACGUGAGCUCCACCAAUCAGGAGCUGCUGCGUAAAUACAAGCGAGAGAUGAACCUGAGGAAGAAAUGUCACAACGAGCUGGUUCGACUCAAAGGUAACAUCCGGGUGUUCUGCCGGGUCCGGCCGGUCAGCCAGGAGGAGCAGGACUCCGCCGCCGACGCCAAAACCAUGCUGAGCUUCGACUCGGACGACGAUGCCGUGCUCUACCUCGCCAACAAAGGCAAAAUGAUGACCUUCGAACUGGACAAAGUCUUCCCUCCUCAGGCCACACAGCAAGAGGUGUUUCAGGAGGUCCAAUCACUGGUCACUUCCUGUAUCGACGGCUUCAACGUCUGCAUCUUCGCCUACGGACAGACGGGCUCGGGGAAAACCUACACCAUGGAGGGCAUCCCGGACAACCCCGGCAUCAAUCAGCGAGCGCUGCGCCUGCUGUUCUCCGAGGUGACGGAGAAAGCUCCAGACUGGGACUACAAGAUCUCCGUCAGCAUGGUGGAGAUCUACAACGAGACGCUGCGGAACCUGCUGGGGGACAAUCCCAGCGACAAGCUGGACAUUAAGAUGAACCCGGACGGCAGCGGCCAGCUGUACGUCCCGGGACUGAGCGAGUUCACGGUCCAGAGCCCCGAGGACAUCAACCGGGUGUUUGAGCUGGGUCACAUGAACAGAGCCACGGCCUGCACCAACCUGAACGAACACAGCUCUCGCUCCCACGCUCUGCUCAUCAUCACCGUGUCGGGAUUCAACUCUGCUACUGGGAACCGCACACAAGGGAAGCUGAACCUGGUGGACCUGGCGGGCUCGGAGAGGAUCGGGAAGUCCGGCGCCGAGGGCAGCCGCCUGCGGGAAGCUCAGUGCAUCAACAAAUCUCUGUCGGCGCUCGGCGACGUCAUCAACGCGCUGCGGGGGAAACACUCCCACGUCCCGUUCAGGAACUCCCGCCUCACCUACCUGCUCCAGGACUCGCUCAACGGAGACAGCAAGACCCUCAUGAUGGUGCAGGUGUCUCCGCUGCCCGGUAACAUGAGCGAAUCUGUCUGCUCGCUGAAGUUCGCCCAGCGCGUUCGCAGCGUGGAGCUGAGCGCCUCGUCUUCGUCCUCCAGGAGACACGAGAACUCGUCUACAUCGUCCUCACCCACGCACGACAGCAUCGAGCUGGAUUCUCCCCCGGUGACCCCUGCCCCCCUCCCCCUCUCUCGGGCCAGCAGUGCCGGCUCCACCCUCUCCUCCACCUCCAGGACCCCCAGCAGCUCCCGCAGGAGGUCCCAGUCCCAGCUGUCCACAGGACGACUGAAGCUGACGGCCUGAGAGACCUGUGGGGGGGAUGGGGGGCGCCUGGGUGUCUGCCAACACUCUGAGGCCCCCACCACCCCCUCUCCCCCCAACUCGCUGGAUUCAUUACCCUCCUCAGCCACCGGGGGGCAGCAAAGCCUGAUGGGAACCUGAGCGAUCGGCGUCUCUCUGUCGCCUGGCAGCAGAAAACAUGGCCAAACGUUUUCCGUGUCUUCUUCCCUGAUGAUAAACAUUUUUAAAAGACCUAAAAAAUUCACCCCCCUCCCCCUCCGAUAAGCAGUAUACGCUCUCCAAUCACAGUAUUUCUUUUAUUGUUUCUUUGUAAAGUUGCACUUUAAAUUUUAGAGAUUAUUUUCUAACCCACGAUUCCAGAUGUGGUUGAUUUAUAAUAUAUGCAUUAACACGGUUAUAUUAUAUUUAUGUUUGACAUGCUUUAAUUUUUUGUUUUAUUUUCUCUCCUUUUUGUUGUGGAAAAGAGUGAGAAGCAAGUUAACCUUCAAGGGAUACUCCACCGUUUGUUGAAAUAGUUCUUAUCAUGGUCUCCCCUGGCUGUAGAUAGGGGGGCCAACGCAUUUUUUGUCUCAGUGAAAGUAAUUAGGUUGUUUUUUUUAGUCUUUUGUUGGCUCACU